AUGGCAAAUAAUUUUCAAGCUAAAACAGUUAUUCCAAGAAGUUUCAAAUUAUUAGAAGAAUUAGAAUCAGCUCAAAAAGGACAACAUGAUGGUUCGGUAUCUUGGGGUCUUGAGUCAAAUGACGAUAUGACAUUAUCAAGGUGGAUAUGUAUGAUAAUUGCUCCACCACGUUCACCGUAUGAAGGAAGAAUUUACAGUUUGAAAGUUCACUGCGGCGACAGAUAUCCAGACGAAGUACCAACAGUUCGCUUUUUAACACGUAUUAAUUUAACGGGAGUAGCAGCGAAUGGCACAGUUGAUCCCAAACAUGUUGUGACACUUAGAAAUUGGAAUCGUGAUAGUACAAUUCAUCAAGUAUUAAAUGAUAUACGCUCAAGCAUGCUACAAAAAGAGAAUAUGAAACUACAACAACCACCGGAAAAUUCGUUGUAUCCAACUCCUCAUGGGCAAUAA